ACAUCAAGAUCGAGCGCGUUGCUGCCAAUGAUCUUCCGCAAGGCUUCUUGUUUUGCUCAACAGACGUCAGCCCUUUGGCGGAAUUCUGGGUGGGACCACGGCUCACGCCAAAGUGCAGUGUGAUCACUUGCACAUUGGCUUUGAUUCAGCAGGGCAAGCCAGAGAGUGUGCAGAUGCAGUUUCAGCAGGUCUACAUCGACAAGCGCCGCGCCGCGCUUGCAGAGCAGAUAGCUGGUUUGAAGGCAGAGCUUGCCGCGUGCGAGGAGGAGUUGUCGAGCGUGGACAAGUCAGAUCCCUCACGUGGCCAAAAGCGUGAAAGCCAAGGUGGACCUUCGUCGAAGGAUACCCCCAUUAAGAGCCAGAAAGUGGGAAGCGAUGUGAAGGAGCCCAGCGGGCAGAGUCAGUGAAGCCAUGCGGCAGCUUCGGAGCGGCGGUUCACGCCGUCAUGGACUUCUACCAGGGUUACUUGUGAUAGCUGCCUUUCGGAAUGUUUUCGAGGGCUUCUUCUGCCAAGAGAGCCGUACUUUUUUGAGAGCCUCUUGCCAAGACUGGCA